AUGGACUUUUCCGAUUCUGAUAAUGAUGAUUCAUCUUGGCAUAGUUCCGAUGCAUUGCCCGUCGUUACGGGAGGAGUAGAUGAGAUGGACGAUGCUCUUUUCGGUGGCCUGGGAGCUAGUGAUAAAAAAUUGACACAAACAACUAGCGCGCCUGCUCCAGGGAAGAAAGUUUCUUUCACAGGUCAAGAAGGGCCCACUUCGUCUACAACAAAAACUGGCGGCAUUUUAAAGACAACAUCGGCUCAGCAUAUUCCAGCGCCAGAGCAAGAAAAACCAACAGUUGCCGAGAAGCCAAAAUUUGACUUUAAUCUCGACGAAAGCGACGAUAACUUGGAUGAGUUGCUAGCACCAUUUACUAAAUCGAGCAAUACAUCUGCAGUCUCGAAAAAGCAGGAAAAGGCCAAAUCACCAUCAACGGAAAAAGAGUUCGAGUUUUCUGACAGCGUCUCGGCUCCAAAUUUUCAUGCAGCAUCUUCUGCGAAAAAAAUUGAGAAACCGUCAACUUCCAUGCCUGAAUUCGAGUUUACCGACGAUGACGACUUGUUAAAGUCUGAGCCAUCAGAAGCCCCACCUGAGCCCCGAAAAAUGCAGCCAGUCGCCUCCAAAAGCUCCGUUUCUUCUACAGGAAAGAUGUCAGACACAUCGGUGAAGAAGCCAGAAAAAGUUAAUUCCUCGAAAUCAAAUGAAGAUAUCUUCGCUAGCGCCACUUCUGUACCAGGCUUCUCUGACAUCGAUAUUUCUGAAUCUUCAAUUUCAAUUCAAAAGCCACCAGCAAAGAAAUCGUCAACCAGAGCAGCGUCUCCACCACAGGAGUCACAUGAUGAAUCGUUUUUAGCCGAUUUGCUUGGAACCAAAAAGCCUGAAGAAACAACCGCCGAAAGGCCUAAAAGAGCGGUUUCCGAGCCCGUGAGUCUUGGCAGGAGCGAAAACGGAGACGGUGAUACUGACGACGAUACGUUCAAUAUGUUCAUAAAGCCGAAAAAGAAGGCUUCAUCUCAAGAGACGAAAAGACCCACGCCGAUAAUCGAAGCAUCGCCUCAAGUUUCCAAUCCUCCAUCCCCGCCGCCGGAGAAGUCGCCCAGUCAAAAGCCAUCUUUCAUUCCAACUCCUGUGUCAAACUAUCCCGCCGUCCAAACUACCUCUGCCGCUCAACAAGUCUCAGAAUCCCACCUCGAAGAGCUUAACUCCCUUCGCAUCGAAAUUCAACAACUGAAAAGCGCACUCAGCGUCAAAGACGCCCAGCUGCAUGAGCUUUCCUCGAAUAAUGUCGGAAACAAUGACCGGCUUUCGAAGGAGCUUAAUUUGGCACGACAAGAAGCGAACUUCGCUCAGCAGGAAAAGUUGAAUGAGGCGCAGAGAUGUCAGAAGAGGCUAGAUGAAGCAUUUGUUGAUCACCAGGCACAUGUAAAUAGGAUGAAACAAGCGCAUAUGGAGGCGUCGAGUAUGAUGAGAGAUGAACAGGAAUCACAAAUUGCAAGAAUACGAAAAAUGCAUGACGAAGAGCUCCAAGCUUACAAAACUGCCACGGAAACUACCCGUGAUGUCAAAGACCUUUUAGCCUCUGUCACAGUAGCGACUCAGUCCCUCAAAGAAAUCGCGAUUCGAGUCGAAGAAGAAACUACAAAAGCAUCAGACCAUUCCGGAAUCAUUCACGAGAUGAGCGCGCUCAAGGCAGUUAUUGCUGCGGAGAGGAAAAACUUUGCCGCAGAACGAGAGAGGUUUACUGUAAUGGUGCAAGAAAUGAUGAAAUACAAUCGAGAGCAAAAAGAGAUGAGUUCCAAUGAGCGACUCAGGCUUGAAGCAGAAAUUCAAAGAAUCGAAACUGAACGUAGAAUAUUAGAAGAGAAUAAAAUUCAACUCGAGCAAGAAAUCCAACAGAAGACUCACGAAAACAUCAAAUACAGAAACACGCUGCUGGACGAUCAUCAAAAGCAAAUCCACAAAGUGGCAGAAAUGAAGCAAAAAGUCCACGAAGAGUGGGCCGAGCUUCAAAACGCCAAGAACUCCAUUUUCAAUUCGCUCAAGCCGGAUGCUUUUAUGAAAUAUGAAGAGAAUCUAAGGCAGGCUGCUGCCGCCGCGGCUUCAACGAAAGCCGGAUUACGGGAGAUCGAGCUGCGAGAGAAACAACUCGUAGAAGCAAAAGAGGAAGUCACGCAUGAAAAGCGCUCGCUGAAGCUGGAACGCGAGGAAAUCACGAGACUAAAGGCUUCUAUCCGACGAGAGGAAGAUGAAAUCAAAAAACGCUACUCGGACUUUAUUUCGGACACUGCCGAGGGCAGAACCGCACUAGAAGCAGCGAAACGAAUCGAAGCGAGGGCGAACGAUAAAAUGCGACAAGCGGAACAAGCGUUGCAAAAUCUCCAUAGCGAGCGCGUUCUUCUUCAACAGGAGCGUCGAGCAAUCGAAACCCUUCACCGCGAAACUGCUCCACCCCCAGCAGCUUUCAACUUCCACGAGCCAGGAAUCAACUUCAACGAAUCACUACGGGUCAACGACCUCUUACUCGACGAUCCCAUGAAGACGAUUCUAGCACAAAACGCUGAUCUUCUCAAGCCUGUUCAAUUCUGA